CGCUCGACAGAUCCAAAAAAUUCUGGGCUGUCCAGCCUAGUGGACACUUCCCUUUUUUUAAUAGCUGUCGUGGCUGAUGAUACAUCGUAUGUUUGGGAUUACUCAGUGGAUAAGGAAGGCUCUACUUGCUACAUGUUCCCUAACCCUCCGUCUCUUUCUGAUAAUGCUCGCGGUUCCAACUCGGUCUUGCCUACUUUCAUCUCUCAUGGAGAAGGUAAAGAGCCCGGGCUGCUUCUGUGUUCACCCAAUGGAGAGUUGCGAUAUUGGGGUCGAGUCAGCAUGGGAAUAACUGGUGCAGAACGUUUUCAGUCUUUCCAUAUGAGCCUCGCUUCCUCAGAAUUUGUCGUGAUUAUGCGACGCAUGGAGGUCUCUGUUCUAGUAGGAACCAACCUUGGUAGACUUUUCCGAGUAUCAGUAUCCGCCCUCGGUGGCGUAUCUCAGAUGAAUGCUACUUUAUUAAGCGGGGCACAUGGCGUGCUUUCAAGAGUCGCAUCCAGUCUAUUUGGGUCGACUGCUUUCCCUCAUCCCAUUCGUCAAAUCGUGUCCCUUGCCUCCCAGCAGGAUGCGGGUCCUAACAGUUACCUCUGGGCAUUGACCCGAACACACUUACAGAAAUGGUCGAUUUCUUCAAGCAAUUGGGAGGAGCUGCAACUGAAUGUGGAUUUGGCUCCACUUAUACAUAAUGAGCUACUCAGACAGAUAUCCGGCGCUGCAGUGGGCGACUUUGGUCUUCGUCUUCUGGAUUUGAGCUUAGGGAUAGAUGAAGUAUUUGUGCUAUUCUCUUUCAUUGAGCGUCAAGAUUUAGGCAAGGGCGCGGGAACUGCCCGGUGCCAUGCAAUAGCUCGUUUGUCAGCCUUGGGGGAAGCUGUAACGAUGAAAUCUCUUCAUGCAAUUCCGCAUGAUGCGAUGCCUCCAGAGCAUGAUCUGCCAAGAAUGUGUCUCCUGGAAGAUGGCAAUACGUUAGUAUUGCGGUUCCACGAUGGUCUCAUUAUUCAAUCUCUUGCGGGGGAAUCUUCUUUCCAGUCCACCAUAAUACUUAAAGAUCCGUGGGACCGGCUUCUUGACCUCGACGUAACUCGUAAAGAGGACCCCUCCACUGCGGAACUGAUAAUGAUGACCCGCAAACACGAUCUCCUUGUAUGUCAGAUUGAUCUCGACAAGGUUCGACGAUCAACUCCUGAGACCCCAGCAAAUCAUCUUCGCUCCAUCCUUGAACAAGGGGUCUUUUUCGGGUCUAUGGACGAAAACCCCUUUCAAACGCACCUAGGAUUGUACACAAGCGAGGUUCUAGCUGUUGCGGCCGAGAGUCUAAGCAGAGAUAUACUCAAUUCCAAUUUGAGCUUACUUCGUCACUCUACGGAUUUGAGAGUUCACUUGGCCGAACGGAAACAAGCAUUGGAGAAUCUCGCUGCAUUCUUGAAUCGCAAUAGUGCCAUGUCCCAGCUGCCCCAAGCUUCUCGUCAACGACUUGCAAUUGACGCGGAGAAGCUUUUCGUCGCUGAAGAUUUAUGGGUGGUUUUGAAUGACCGGACUGAUGGAGGGCUCCUUGCGGAGGCAAUUUCGAAUAUCAUCAAUAGCAAGAUGCUGCAGUCAACUUCGGAUUCCGUCCGAUUGAUUUUCCGUCACCAUGCAGGGGAAAUAGAAACCAUUUUUGAGGAGUUGCAGAGAAUGGGUCAGCGGGCCGCAUCGAACGACGCAUCAACUCGGCAUCCUACAGGUGUGAUCGAGGAGUCUUGUGCUAUCAUGAUCCGAAUGUGGGCAUCGGCAGUCCGUUAUCGCCAGCAGACACAGUCGGUGUAUGAAAUUGUAUCAUCGAAAAUCAUUAUCCCGCCCUGGACUAGCCUACCCAGCCAGAUAAGGGCAUCGCAGUACUUCUUUGAGCUCAUUGUCCGAUGGAUCAAAGAUCGGAGUAAUGGACAAGGUGAUAUUGAUGCCCCCGCCGGCCCCUUGGAAAGCCUCGGAUUAGUUCUUCGCGAAAUGGGAUCCAUGGUGCUAACGAUGUGGCAGGAACGUUAUGAUUAUCUCGCCAGCAAUGCCAUUGAUGAGGAGGGACAAUCUGUACUUGAAACAUUCAAAACCCAUUUUGCUUCGGUGCGCAAACAAAUUCUCAGCGCCUUGGUUCAAUGGGGAAGUGUCGAUACGGCUUAUCGUUUAGCAGAGGAAUACCGGGAUCUAGGUUUCUUGGCAAGUCUUUGCAAUAACCCGAUCUAUGGCGACUCGGCGAAGGCUAGCAUGUUGCUGCAAAGGCACCACGGAGCUUUUGCGAUACACCUAUUUAAUUGGUAUAUCGAGAACGGCCAACUUCGUAAACUACUGGAGAUUGACUCUCAGUUCAUCCCAUUACUUGAAGCCUAUUUGCGAACAAAUCACCAUCCCCGGAUUCAAUGGAUUCACGACCUAGGCGUGGGCAGGUUUGACGCAGCAGCAUCAGCGCUGGAAGCUGAGUCGCAAGUGGAACUGAGGCGUGAAACCAAACAUGUCAUUCUCAGCAUUGCGAAGCUGUCCACCCUCGCACUCAUGGACGAUCCCGACUCCGACGGUGCGCAGCAUGCCUUACAGUUCGUUAACACUCAGUUGGAUCUCGUCAGCAUUCAUGAUCGCGUAAUAAUGGAGUUCUUGACGGUCUUGUCAGAAGAGAGACAUAAGUCACCGGAAACAAUGGCCGAUGCUGUCACUCGCACAUACGGAACUACCAUGACACAGUAUUAUCCCGGAUACGUCUCUGUCUUCAAGGCAUUAGUCAAAGACCUAUGUCAGGGCCAAGCACUGUCUGAGGAGCAACUCGUUGAGAUAUUGACACUGAGAGAUCAUUUCGAAGUGAGCGAAGACUUCGUGCAAGCUUUUCAGAUCGCAGCAAUCUCCAAGGGACGUCAUCAGCCACAACUCCAUACCGCGAUCCAGAGCAUCAACCGUCGCCUGUUUAUUUCAUCAGACUGGGUCGAUAUUGCUGCGCCUUCAAAUAAAACAGAUAUUGAAAUAGACGACCGGCUUCGGAGGACGCCUCUUUACCAGACUUUACGCUCCUUGAGCACCAAAGGACGGGAAGAUCUGAUUUCCCUUUGCUUGUCGCCUGGCGAAGUUU